AACAGCAAACUGCAAAGACAGCAAAGUGAGCAAAGCUCACAAUUUGGAAUUUUUCAGUUCUUCUGUUCUUGGUUUUUUUUGUGGCAAAUUAGUAAACAUCUUUUCCUUUUUUUCUCUUGGGCUUUAAAAUUCAAAUCACCUUCAGGAAUUUCUUUGAGGAUAGACAUGCGACUGAUCAGUUGUGAUUAUUUCGCGUUUGUGAAUUUUUUGUGAAUUUAAGUUUAUUUUCGGGAAUAUUUUCGAUUUCACCAUGCUUCUCUCAUCCCGACUCCUCUCCAUCAUCCGCCAUCUCCCGACCAUCCGCCGCUAUCCAGAUCUGCAGAAAACAUGUGGCUUCUCAACUGUAUCCCAUCAGCUGGACACUCCUCGUGUCCUGCCAGAAACUCUUGUCCCGCGAACCCCCCUGGGUUCCUCGCGCGCUUCUUCCCAUCCCCCAACCUUCUCCACUGUCUUCGCUCAACGAAAUUUCUCCGUCUCGGCAUGUCUAUUCCCCGGACGCGAGAUGCGGCAUACGCGCUCCCAGGAUGAGGAGUUCGCCGAGCACACACCCUCCGGCCUCCCAAUUAUCCGCCUCCCCACCCGUCUCCAGGGGAAGGUGAAGCGGGUCGCGGAGCGCAAACGGCAGCUGGAUGAAUGGGCGCGGGAGGAUCGGCGCCGCAUCAGUGAGCGGCCCCUGGUGAUCGCCUGCAAGAACCGCGAAUUUAACCACCGUCUGGGAGCCCCUCUGGCGUUGCCCAAGGGGCGCAAGGGACACAAGAUCACCCAUCCCAAACAAAAUCCACGAUUCCUGACACUGAAGUUGGCGUCGCAAGGCUGGAAACAACCGAAAAGCAAGGGCGAUUGGUUCCAGAUCCGGCCCUACAUCCCGUUCGGCGGCCAUCCCUCCCUCUCCCACUCCUUCCACGACGAACAACCUGGCUUCGAAAAAUUUCCCCUGCACCCCACCCUCCAACAGGCCCUCCGCGACUUCCAAUUCGACGCGUCCACGGCCAUCCAGAACAGCGCCAUCCCCCCGCUCCUGGCCGGGGAGAGCGCGGUGCUCUCGGCGGAGACGGGCAGCGGCAAGACCCUGGCCUACCUCUUGCCCACCCUGCACCGGCUCAUGACGGAACCGCGCAGUCGGGAGUUCGCGCCCAAUGCCCCGCGGGCGCUGGUGCUGGUGCCCAGUCGGGAGCUGGUGGACCAGGUGUUCGAGGUGGUGGGACGGGUGUUGCAGUAUGAUGAGGUGCUGCAGGUGGAGAAGCGGGUCGGCGGGGGCCGGCACUUCCGCAAGGUGAAGGAGCCGCAGACGGGGCGGGUGGAUCUGCUUAUUAUCACUCCAGGUAUCCUUUCCACCCUCCUGGCCAAGAACGCCUACACCCUCUCCCACAUCCAGACGGUCAUCCUGGACGAAUGCGACACCCUCCUGGACGACUCCUUCAACCACCUGACCCGGGACUUCCUCUCCCGCAUCCCGCUACACGAAGGCCCCCUCACCUGCCAACCGGCCGCCGACGGCAGCCCGGACCCCACCACCCUCCACCAAUCUCCCGCCGCCCAACUCCUCCUCGUCGGGGCCACCACCCCCCUCAGUCUCUCCAAAAUCCUGGACGGAGUCGUCGAUGUGGACACACUGGUGCGGAUUAAAACGCAGCACACACACCGCAUCCAGCCGCAUGUCCUGCAGACGUUCCUGCGCGUGGGGAAGGAUGAGAAGCCGGAGAAGCUGUUGCAGUUGGUGCGGGCGGACCAGAAGGGCGGGCUGGUGACCAUGGUGUUCUGUGGGACGACGGCGGUGGCGAGUUGGCUGACGCGGUUCAUGCAGGAGAACGGGCUGCCGGCGGAAUUGAUCGCCAAGUCGGUGCAGGCCGGGAAUCGGGCGCAGCGGUACGCGGCGUUCCAGAAGGGCGGGAUUAAUAUUAUGGUGGGCACGGACGUGAUAUCGCGCGGCAUCGACACGACCUUCGUGGACCACGUGAUCAACUACGACUUCCCGCGCGUGGUGUCGGACUACAUCCACCGCGGGGGACGGGUGGGCCGGCUGGGCAGCGGGGAGCAGGGGCGGUCGCGGGGCCGCGGUGCCGGGCGCGUCACCAGCCUGGUGGCGGCCAAAUGGGAGAUCCCCACGGUACAGGCCAUCGAGGAGGCCGUCCGCCGCACCACCGAGUUCCGCAACGUCAACGCCAACAUCACGCGGGUGAUGAAUGCGCGGCACGGCGUGGACCCGCUGCCGGAGAUCAGCGGGAAGGGCCGGCAUAAGUACGAGUUGAGUGAAGAGGAAACGGAGGGGCUGGAGAAGCUGUUCUGAGCGAUUGAAUGUGGCGGUGUGAUUGGUUUUCGGAUUUUGACGCACAAGCCGACUGGAAAAUUGAAAAAUAAAAGAGUCAACUCAGUCGUAGACGGAGAACGCCGUUUUUCACGAACAGAUUCUCUCAAGUGUGCUCUUCACUUUCUCCACCAAGCAAAUCCCGCGCGAUCUCCGGGAAAUCAUGAGUAAACAGACCCCGACGAAUACUCAGAGGGAUCUCGGUUAUCUUGGUUAUCCCACCGGCGGCAUUGAUCAGGCAUUUCGCGACGUCCCAAUGGCACCCCAUAGCAUGCAUAGUAUGGGUUAUGGGGCCGGUACCAGCGCCGGGCCUCUCCAAACAGCGAUCAUGGACGUAGCAGCAGUGAUCGAACUUAUCCAUCCAUCCGCUCCGCGCGUUCCCGGCAUUGCGGCCACAGUUGUGCCCGUAGUACGGCCGCUCGGCCGGGAUACAGCACUGAUAAUCCCACCCACCCGGGCAGGCUCCGCUGACGAAGGCACAGCCGGUCGUGCCGGGAUUGCUGAUGGGACGGCACACGCCGGUCUUCCCGCGCGCAUGGCAUUGAGUGUACAUACAACACUGAAAAUCUACCGGUCCCGGACAAUGACCGCGGCUAAACCGACAUCCACGGGCCAGAGGAUUGCUGGUGUACGUACAGGCGCCGCGCAGUCGUUGCGGCGUCGAACGCGGGAUAAGGGAUGGUCGGGAUUAGCUGCAACGUGAUGGAUUCCAUUUAUGGCUAACAUUAACAGUGUAAUCAACUCCAUUAUGGGCUCGUAUAGUCGACAAUAUACUGUAAUUAUGAAAGGUCAGCUAGCACAGCUAAAGGCGUGCCGGUAGAUAUUGAAACUAGUGGAACUGAAAGCGUUGUGCCGCUCUUCCCUUGAAAAGUUGUUGGAGCGGUCACACUAAUGAAGCAGUUUUAAUGCGCACAGUUUAUAUAUGCCUUAAUUUUUGUAGGAAAAUAGUCAAAGACUCAAAAUACAGACAGGCCAACCGCUAACGGCAUAAGAAACAUCAUUUUUUGUUAAAGAUUUUGAACAUCAUGUCAUCUCAGCCUGUAAAGUUGACCUACCCAACUGGACACAUUAAGCGUAUGAGUGAGUUCUAAAGAAAAUUAAGUUUAAAUGUAUCGAGUUCAGUUUGUUUGAUUGUGUACAAUGCAUCUCGUGAUGGAAGAGGAAUUUAAUUUGUACUUUUAAGUAUGUCGCACAAAGUAGACAAUCAUGUGCACCCAUCAGAUUACAGUACUUUUUUCCGAUCCAGCAACCCUGGAUCGGCGACAAUUCGAAUAGCAGCAAUAUAUUACUACCGUAUACCUAUACUUCUACACAUUGUACUCACACUCUGUGUGUUUUUUAAAUUAAAAAUAAGGAAUGCUGCUUGACAUAUGAGUGACAGCGAGUAAUUAUGUACGUGGUUUUUCAACCGAUUGUCCGUCAGACAUCACUGUUAAGGCUUUGUGUUGUUAAUCCGGUGAAAUUCGCCGGUGGCUAGAGGAGCGGUUCGGGUAAUUGCUGCCUAGCUAAUUGCAGGUUAGUCUUUUUUGCACUUUCAAGAUUAGUUUUAUCAUCUCUCGAGUUCAGUUUAAAACUGGAUAAAAAUACUACGAAACUGGUUCGAAUUUGUCUUCAUAGGUUUGCGCCUUCUAGGUACAGUAAAGUAUAGUUUCAGACAGAUGGAAUAAUAACUUUAAGUUUUGGUGCACGGCAGAGCUUGGUAAACUUUUACAACAACAACUUUUUACAACUUUUUUUACAACAUGGACGCAAAAAAAAAUAUUGGUCUUCACCCUUUUGGUUGACGAACGACAUAAAUACAUAAAAACUCGCGAAGAUUUCGACAAUAUACGGGUAUAAUAUACGGGUUUCGACAAUAUACGGGUUUUCGAAGAUUUCGUCAUGGGUUAAUAAUACGGUUACUAUCAUAACUUAUCUGCGUAAAUAACUUACGCUAAUAAUAAGUACCGUAAGUACACCGGCCGUAAGCCGCCAGCCAGCGGCAUUUUGUGCUGCAUGCUGUACAACCUAACCCACCCGGA